AUUUUUCUUCCCCUUUGUUUUUCAGCUUUUCUCUACCUCUUAAGCUCACCGCUUUACAACAAAUACAUAUAUCAUUAUGGCUCAUUUUUCUCUGCAGCUUUUACCUGAAUGGGUACCACAGAGUAAAAGUUUUGUGAGCUGGCCUAGCUUGCAAGGUAUUCUCGGAGAUGACUAUGAGAAGCUGGCAAAUGCCACGACAGAAAUAUCGGUAGUCGCUGAAGGCAUUGCCCAUUUUCAACCUGUGACCGUCUUAAUACCUGGUCACGAGCGCUAUAAAGAAGCUGAAGAGUACUUUGCCAACAUUGAAACCCCGUUCCCAAUUACUCUUCAUCAGACCGAGGAAAAGGAGAUGGAUAUCUGGCUGAAAGAUUUUGCUCCCGGUUUUGCUACCAGGCAGGGCUUUAGAGGAGGUCAUAGCCUCGUUGGUCUUGAUUGGAGUAUUAACGGCUAUGGUGCCAAGUAUCACACGACUGUGAUUGAAUUUUUAACAAGGAGAGAUCUACAGCAUUUCCAUAUCGAGCGAAUUGAGACCUCGAUUGUAGCUGAAGGUGGAGUUUUCGAAACUGACGGCGAUGGAACCCUUCUUGUUACAGAGAGUUCGAUUACUAAAGAUGAUAUAAACCCAGGAAGAUCUCGCGAAUAUAUCGAUAUUGAGCUUCAACGCACUCUCAAUGUGGAUAAGAUCAUCUGGAUCCCUGGCAGAAAGGGCAUUGAUUCAAUCGACGGCCAUAUCGAUGCUCUUGUUCGGUUUAUAAGGCCUGGCGUUCUGAUCACCAACAAGCCGAAUGAGACCAAAGAAGGUGAAAGGACUACCGUCUAUAGAGAAGCUCUUGAAAUCUUAAGCGUGACAACCGACGCAAAAGGCCGUCUGUUUGAAGUCAUUGGGGUGGAGGAGCCUGAUCCAGAGACUAUCCCUCCUGGGGAUGGUUUCGAAGACUAUCGUGCUCAAUUGGCGAACCAAAGCAUGAUGCAGCAGCCGUUUGUGUAAUGCAAUCACUUUUUGGCAAUGAGAGGGGCAUUUUCCCCGUACUGAUUGAAGAUUUG